CGCCACAUCCAGCCGCGGCGCUUAUAUAAGCCAGCUUUGGGGCUAGCGUCGUCUCUCGUGAUCUUACAGAGGUGGGUUCUCUUCGUUUUGGGUCCCCCUCUAGAUAUUUUCGUUUUCUUUCUCUUUCUCUUUCUCUUAGGGUUUUGAUACCCCCAAAAUAUCUAUAUCUCUCUCAUCCAUGGCUGCUGAGGUUGAGUACAGGUGCUUCGUCGGCGGGCUCGCAUGGGCCACCGAUGACCAUGCCCUUGAGAAGGCCUUCUCUCAAUUUGGAGAAAUUCUCGAAUCGAAGAUCAUCAACGAUCGCGAGACUGGAAGAUCGAGGGGGUUUGGAUUUGUGACAUUCAAGGAUGAGCAGUCGAUGAGGGAUGCAAUCGAGGGGAUGAACGGCCAAGAUCUUGACGGUCGUAACAUUACCGUCAAUGAGGCCCAGUCCCGCGGAAGCGGUGGCGGUGGCGGCGGUGGCGGCGGGUUCCGCAGCGGUGGUGGCGGCGGACGACGUGAUGGAGGUGGCUACAGCCGAGGCGGCGGCGGUGGUUACGGCGGCGGUAGUGGUGGUGGUUACGGAGGCGAUGGCGGUGAAGAGAAAGAUAGAGGAGGUAGUGGUGGUAGAGCUUCAUUGUUUGCUUCUUCUUUGUUCUGGUGUAUUGAAGUUGUAGGGGAGGUGACUAGUGGCAACGGGUAG